AUGGGGCCAGGAACACGACGUGAUACAUUAGAUGAUCAUUUCGGUAACUGGAAUUGGAAAAAGACAACAGCAUUUGACUCUCAAGGCCAUACAUUGAAGUGCAAGAUGGAAGAUGCUGUAAAGUGGGAACAGGAGCACCAUGUUGCCUUGUACGACCUGGAUGGAACUGUUCAGCCUGUGCUGCUGAACAAGUGGGGAAUCGAAUUCAAGAUGUGGGAGGAGGGACAACAUGCCCAAAUCCUUUUGAAAGCAAGCUUACUCGCCGCGGUGAGGUCACAGCUUGCAGAAGUGGAAGCACAAGAGUUGCAAGCAGGGAUAAACCACUCCACUCAACCAUGA